AUGGCUAUAUGUUUCUUUUAUAGUUUUUUAAUGUUCCUUGAAAAAAUGCUCUAAAAAAUCUCUAUCUUUAAACAUCUAUUUGCAUUCUUUGCAUUAGAGCAUUUUAUGUUCACACUAACCUUCAUGAUCCAGCAAUUUUAUAAGGUUAUUAGUUACAAAUUUACAAUCGUUAUGCCUACAUACACAUUAUUUAAGUAAUUCAACUAGUCUUUAAGCAGUCAUAUUAUUAAAAAUAGCGUAACUUUUUUUACAAUUAGGACAUUAUUAAUAUUUUUUAUUGCAGUCUUAGCAUAAAGACGAAUAGCAGCAAUUUGUAGUAUAUAAUUUAUCAUAUAUCUUGUAGCAUAUUCUGCACAUAAUUUCCCUUCUAAUAUCCUCUUAAUACAGCCUUUAUUAUUAAAGUGUUAUUUUAAAAAUAUCUUAAUCAUUACUUAAUGA